AUGCACUCUCUGAAGAAAAAAAAACCUCUAUAGCAAUAUACACUAAACUGAGCAUGUGCAUGCGACUACAGGCUCAGUCUGUCUUAGCAGGUGGACAUUUGAACAAGAGGAAGGGCAGAGAAAACAGGACCAAAGAGCCUUUUUACUCAAUGUGCACGAUUAACCCCUUAGGUUCCUUAGUGGGUAUAACAAGCAUGCUUUACUGCCAAGGGCGGACUGAUAACUCAUGGGCCCCUGGGCAAUAGGGGAUCAUGGGGCCCCUGUGUCCUUGCCCAAACUCAAAAAAGCCUAU